AUGGACGCCGCGCAACCCAUAACGCUACCCAUUUGUACCAUUCAGCACGACUUCCAGACUGGAGUAAUCAAGGAUGUUCUCAAUGGCGUCGUUCCGAACGAUAAGUUCUGGAUCUCGUGCUACAAGUAUGGGGAGCCAUCCGUGCAUGGCAAAGCAUCCGCGACUUUGGCAGAACACAAUCGGGAUCUUGUUCUGUUUGAGGCUCGCGAUGGCGUAGAAUUUAAGGAACAUAACAAGAGCGUGUAUUCUAUUUCAUGCCCAUCCUUGGAUAUUCCGGAGACUAGGAUAGCGAUCCCCGAUGCCACCUUCCCGAGCAUUGCAGAAGUCCGCAAGCAAAAGCAAAUCACCGCUUUUGACGUUUCUCCUGACGGCUCACAAAUCGCCACCGGCUACCACGACGGCUCAGUGUACAUCCGCCCCGUGUCCUCUCCCCACGCCAUCCCCUCCGCCGCGAGUAAAGCACAUCUCAGCACAGUCACCUCCCUGCGCUUCUUCCCGUCGUCAAGAGUAGUCUUGACGUCCGGCGCCGAUUUCUCUCUGUCCAUCUUGCCCGCAGAUCCCCCGGAAUCUUCGCCGUACACCACGGCCAAGGUCGACGCUGCACGCACACUGCGCGGACAUACACGUGCAGUCACAUCGACUGGGAUCGUCGCUCGAGGGCGCAACGUUCUCUCUGGCUCCAAGGACGGGACGCUCCGUCUCUGGGAUAUCCCCUCCGGAGCGCAGAUACGCUCUCUCGCCGCUGGUACCAACCACUUCGUCCCCGUGCUCGCGCUCAGCACCGGCGAACGCCGCUGGCAAGGGGCAAACGGUGCCAUUGACGACCAAGCUGUCGCCGCAGACACGGACCCGCGAGAAGUAGAUACCUCGGACAAGGUCGUAUUCUCCGCGCUGCAGGACGGCUCCUUCGAGCUGUUCGACCUGCGCACGAAGCGCGCAGAGUUCCGCUCCAAAGUUGGGCCCCCGGGCGCACGCUCAGGACUGCAGGCGCUCGAAUAUAGCCCUGGACAGUGUCUCCUCGCGACGGGCUCCGCGUCGGGGAUGGUCUCCCUAUACGACCCUCGGACACUCGGAGGUGAGCCGGUGGUCGUAUUCAGGCGAAAUGAGGCGCCCAUAGAGGACCUCGCGUUCGUGAACCUCGCAAACGCGCCCUUCUCAUUCGGCUCGCCGACGACGAGCACAGGGGACGUCGGUCUCGCGGUGGCGACCGAAGAUGGGCUGCCGUACUUGGCCGAGGUGCGCCCCUCCGGGCCAAGGGUCCGUGCGGAGCUUGUGGGCACAGAUUGCGAUGCUGUACGGUUCGUCCGCGCCGUCGGCAGUGAUGUUUGGAGUGCUGCAGACGAUGGGGUGGUCAGGCGGUAUCGGUCAUAA